AUGAGAGCCUGGCGUCCUGCAUCAUGCGGCAUCCGGACGGCUAGUCUCACCCCUCGUCGCCCCUUUUCGAUCACGAGCACGCGACCUGCUGGACCAAAAGUCAACAAUGCCGCAGAGCUGCUGGCACGCGAUGAGCCUGCAGAUCGUGUCGCAGUACAAGGCUGGGUCCGAUCUGUGAGAAAACAGAAACGUAUUGCAUUUGCCGCUCUCGGCGAUGGCUCGACAAUUAAUUCGCUGCAGGCUGUCUUGAGGCCUGAGGAUGCUGCCGGUCUCUCACAUGGGACUGCUGUGAAACUUGAAGGAGAAUGGAAAGCUUCACAGGGCGCAAAACAGAGCUACGAGCUGCAAACGAGUAGUGUAUCCAUACACGGAGAGAAUGAUGCAGAGAGCAAUCCUCUCCAACCAAAGUAUCAAACACCAGAAUUUCUGAGAACAAUCCCACACUUACGACCUCGCAUCCCGGCAAAUGCUCUGCUCCUUCGACUGAGAUCGCAGGUCAUCUCCACCCUUACACGAUUCUUCAACGAAGAAGGAUUUGUUCAAACGCAUACACCCAUCAUCACUUCGUCCGAUUGUGAAGGUGCGGGAGAAGUUUUCACUAUCUCUUCCAAUGACUCGAAGACUUCCGACCAAGAACCUGCAUCUGAAAAUCAAGUCCAGGUUGAACACUUCUUCCGCUCGCCGAAAUACCUCACAGUCUCAGCCCAAUUGCACCUCGAAGCACUAGCCCAGGCUGUAGAAAAGGUAUGGACGCUAUCGCCGACUUUCCGAGCCGAGAAGAGCGACACAUCUCGACACUUGAGCGAAUUCUACAUGCUGGAAGCCGAGCAGUGCUUCAUAGAUGACAUGGAGAGCGUCAUGGAUCUUGUAGAGCGAAUGCUUCGGGCCGUGGCAAUUGACCUCAAGUCAUCAAAGGUCGGCAAAGAGCUUAUCCAAAUGCGAUGUGCAUCAGAACCAGCAGGAGGAGAGCAUCUCGAACCUUCGAUCAGUGCAGAUGAUUUAAGGACACGCUGGAAGGGCCUUGCGGAAGAAACUUGGCGUCGCAUCACUUACGAGGAGGCCAUCAAAGCACUUCAGCAUGGCGGGUUCGAAGUUUCACUCGAAGAUGGCCUCAGCGCCGAACAUGAGAGGUUCCUUGCAAGCCAGAGCCCGAAUAAGACGCCAAUCUUUGUUACAGACUAUCCCAAGAAUCAGAAACCGUUCUACAUGCCGCAGUCAACGGCAACGCCCAACACCAAAGGCACCUCUGAAACGGCCGCAUGCUUCGACUUGCUCGUGCCGGACCUCUGCGAACUGGUCGGCGGAUCGAUGCGUGAGUAUCGUUCGAAAGAAUUGCUCGAAGCCAUGAAAAGUAAGGGCGUAGCAGGAGACAGUCUAGACUGGUACCAGGAUCUGCGAAAGUAUGGCAGUGUACCUCAUGGUGGCUUCGGAUUGGGCUUCGACAGGCUGCUGUGCUAUCUCAGCGGUGUAGGCAGUAUUCGAGAUAUCGUUGCUUUCCCGCGGUGGUAUGGAAGAUGCGAGUGUUGA